UUUUGGCAUGUCAGGUGUGAUGGUGGCAAGUUGAUAAUUAGUGAUAAAUUGUUGCUAAAUCAUAACCGCGAAAGUGGUGCGCGUGGUGAAGAAACAGUGGGACGCUGCAAUGGCGGAGCAUCCCGGUGGUAUAAGUGCAAAGAGGCGCUCACGUCGUGAUAACAGCGAUAAUGCGGAUCUCCACCAUGGUACAUUAUCAUCCUCAAAGGAACGGAGGACCAAAAGGUCAAGUAAGCCAAUGAAGGAGAGAUGGUUGUUAACUCGAAAAACAUGGCGUUAUAUGGCAGAUGCGGGAAGACGAUUGAUACCCGAUGGUACGCACAAUCGGCUGGAGGAUAUCCCUAAAAUUGAACAGUACUUUCAGGAAGUCUGCCAAAAAGAGCCCAAGUUUCUUCUCUGGAGGAAGGCGUCGUAUCCCGGUAGUUUAGGCUUCCGGACGCAUAGACAUCGUAGACUGCAUAAAGGUGGAAGCUGCCGGACUAAAGCAAGCUCGGCGGACGAGGCUGAUGACCUCAGAAGCUCCGGUCAGCUGUUCACUUUCCAAUCGAUGUUAGGUGGGCGUUUUGAUGUCGUUAAAACUAAGAGAGAUUGGUUAUUAUCAAGCGGUAGUACUCCUACCACUCCUGUUGCUCGACGACGAGCUCCCCAAGAAGACGCUGAGGCAAAGAUACUUGCAGACAUGUUGCAAAAAUAUUUGAAUUUGCAAGGAGAGUUUUCCGGAGCUGCUGAAUGCUCAGAGUCUAAGAAUAGCAAGCCUGAAGUACCACCCAUCAGUGCUGGACUGCCUUUCGAUUAUCAAAGCCUCAUCAACAGACUUCAGCAGCACCUGAACAUGAUAAUGUCUGAAGGCAAAUGUGAUCAAUCUCCCGAGAAAUCUCAAGGACCCUCCAACUCUAGUGACACUCAACCACCCUCAGUGCUAUCUUAUCGUGGGGAUUAUGUCCACAAAUCACUGAUUGACACUUUAAAUCGUCAUUAUGCCAAAUCUCAUAAUCGAGAGCAUAUCAUUUCUGGGAUUCUAACUGACAGAAAGCUCUUGGAGAAAUUGUAUUUUGAUUUGCGAUGCACAAGAGGAUUCAGAGGUUCUAGGGCAACGGGACCAUAUACUUCACCACCUCGAUGGUGGGGGAAUCCCCGCAGUAGUGUUGAUCAGAAAGACUCCGAUGAUUAUUGGACACAUAGAAAGAGGGAUUUUACAUCACCUCCAUUAAUUGCGGUGCAAGGCCCUAGUACUGAUCGAGGCUCGGUUGACGCAUGCAUUCAGACAGAUACUGUAACGAAAGAGAUGCUGGAAGGAUUGAAGGAAAUUUAUGCUGAGAGAGAGAGAGAGGUGAGUUUGUCUCCAAGGGAUAGUGGAAAGAGCUCAAGGAGACGAAGCAGUGUGGAAAAUGAUGAUGUAUCUCCGUCUGUCAGUGAUACGAUUAAGAGAUAUUUGAGAAUGGCAAGGAAGAAGUCAUCAGAUGUUGAUAAGAUAGAUCGAUUUAAGGGAGUAAAUUACGAUAGGAAUUUAAGCAAUAGCAAGGCGAAGGGGGAAAUCACGAAGCCUGGAGAUGAUGAAGACCACAGCAAAGGAUCUCAAACCGAGAUUACUUGGAUAGAUAGGUACAAGGAUCAUGCAUCAUUGUCUCCUGAAAUUGGUAAAAAUUUCUCAGAUGCGGACACAACUACUUCACCUAUUAGCAGAAAUGCCAGUUCACGGAGUAGCAUGGAUGCAGGCCUUGGUUCAGAGGGGCCUAGCACGCCUAAACAUCACCAAUCUUUCUUAUCCCAUCUCCUUCAUGGUUCUAAUACACAUAAGGAUAAACCUCACUCUGCACCAGGUUCACCUGCUCUUACUUCUCCCACUUCCACAGGUGGAGCAGCGAUGCAGAAGAGUAAGUCAUCUAGCAGCGUUGUCCAUCAUGGUAGUCGACUGGUAGCGAAGAAGAUUUGGAGGUCGAGAAGUAAAAGUAUUUCGAGGUCUGUCAAUCAACCUUCUACGUGGACGCCGCAG